UGUGGUAUGGUCAUGGCGCGAAUGGAAGUUUGUGUCGACUCGGUUGGUUCCGCUGUAAAUGCCGAAAAAGGAGGUGCUUGUAGAUUAGAGYUAUGUGCAAAUCUAAUGGAAGGUGGAACUACACCCUCAGCAGGAAUGCUGAAAGUGAUCAAGGAAGCCGUUUCUAUACCAGUGUUUGUCAUGAUUAGACCAAGAGGAGGUGAUUUUCUUUAUUCGCCCGUCGAGUUUAAAGUAAUGAAGGAAGACUUGCUGAUCCUCAAGAAUCUUGGUGCUGAUGGUGUUGUAUUUGGAAUGCUAACAAAGGAAGGAGACAUUGAUGUCCAAAGAUGCCAAGAGCUAAUAGAACUCGCCAAUCCUCUACCGGUGACUUUUCAUCGAGCGUUCGACAUGGUUCGAGAUCCCAUGAAAAGCCUAAGUGAUCUUGUCAAUAUGGGUAUUCAGCGAUUAUUGACCAGCGGAUUGGACUCCACUGUUCUCGAAGGUCUACCCCUAAUAAAGCAAUUGAUAUCUAAGGCCGGAGAAAAUAUUAUCAUAAUGCCUGGCGGAGGAAUCACAGAGAGAAAUUUACAGCGUAUCCUAGAAGGGACUGGAGCCAAGGAAUUUCAUUGUUCGGCACGUGAGUCGUCUACGUCAGUCAUGGAAUUCAGGAAUAACYACGUGUUCAUGGGUGCAGCCAUGAGGCCAGCCGAGUUUUYAAUCAAAACAACAAGCGAGACUAAAGCUAAGAGAUUUAUGGACAUUGCUUCUCAGUGUAAUUAACUAUGGGAACCAAAAAGCCAGGUGUUGAACAUUCAGAGAACAAGAAAAAGGGCAACUUGGAGAKAAAAACGCAAGAAAAUGGAAACAUUUCAG